AUGAUGUUGGACGCACUUGCGGAGGUGCACGACCGCCCGCCUGUACUUCGUGCCAGAGACGAGAUAGCAAGGAGGUGUGGUCGAAAGGCGUACAAGCAUGCGCGUGAUAAUGAAGGCUUUGCGCAUACUCCAAAGCCUGUCCAUGGCAUUCGUGUUACCAGCCUCUCUGAUUCGUUCUCACAUAGAGCUGUAAACAUUACAACUUGUUACUUCAUACACACCGCCGCAACUAGAGUAGAGUACCGUGUGCGGGCCGUUGACCGAUCAGAAAACGAGGUGGUUAGUGUGACGGCUGAGACUGGAGACUGGAGACUGGAGACUGGAGACUGGAGACUUGAUUUCCAGUCGAGCCUCGCCUCCCCUUCCCCCACACCGUUCGAGGGAGAGCAGAGGGCAAAGUUGGGGCUUGUCGAAUUCGCCAGUGGCAGGCUCAUGGAGAAGAUCAUUAUUCGUCAUGAGAAUCCUUCAGCUGCCCAUGUCCAUCGAGUCUAG